AUGGCAAUUAAGACCAACACCCUGUUCCGGAGCAACUCUCUGGCCUCAAAGUCCAUGGAGUCUUUUCUGAAGGUGGCCGGGAUGCAGUACCUGCACGGCGUCCUGGGCCCCAUCAUCAACAAGGUGUUUGAGGAGAAGAAGUACGUGGAGCUGGACCCCAGCAAAGUGGAAGUUAAGGAUGUAGGGUGCUCCGGGCUGCACCGCCCGCAGACCGAGGCCGAGGUGCUGGAGCAGAGCGCGCAGACGCUGCGCGCCCACCUGGGGGCCCUGCUGAGCGCGCUCAGCCGCUCGGUUCGCGCGUGCCCCGCCGUGGUGCGCGCCACCUUCCGCCAGCUCUUCCGGCGCGUGCGCGAGCGCUUUCCCGGCGCCCAGCACGAGAAUGUACCGUUCAUCGCCGUCACCAGCUUCCUGUUCCUGCGCUUCUUCUCUCCCGCCAUCGUGUCGCCCGAGCUCUUCCACCUGCGGGAGCGCCACGCGGACGCCCGCACCAGCCGCACCCUGCUCCUGUUGGCCAAGGCAGUCCAGAACGUGGGCAACAUGGACACGCCGGCUUCCAGGGCCAAGGAGGCUUGGAUGGAGCCGCUGCAGCCCACCCUGCGCCAGGGCGUGGCGCAGCUGAAGGACUUCAUCACCAAGCUCGUGGACAUCGAGGAGAAGGACGAGCUGGACCUGCAGCGGACGCUGAGUUUGCAGGCGCCACCUGUGAAGGAGGGGCCACUCUUCAUCCACAGGACCAAGGGCAAGGGCCCCUUCAUGUCCUCCUCCUUCAAGAAGCUCUACUUCUCCCUCACUACCGAGGCCCUCAGCUUCGCGAAGACGCCCAGCUCCAAGAAAAGCGCCCUCAUCAAGUUAGCCAACAUCCGGGCAGCGGAAAAGGCUGAGGAAAAGAGCUUUGGCAGCUCGCACGUCAUGCGGGUCAUCUACACGGACGACGCCGGCAGGCCCCAGACUGCCUACCUGCAGUGCAAGUGUGUGAAUGAGCUUAACCAGUGGCUGUCUGCGCUGCGGAAGGUGAGCAUCAACAACACCGGACUGCUGGGCUCCUACCACCCUGGCGUCUUCCGUGGGGACAGGUGGAGCUGCUGCCACCAAAAAGAGAAGACAGGUCAGGGCUGCGAUAAGACCCGGUCACGGGUGACCCUGCAGGAGUGGAAUGACCCUCUUGACCAUGACCUUGAGGCCCAGCUCAUCUACCAGCACCUGCUGGGCGUGGAGGCCAUGCUGUGGGAGAGGCACCGGGAGCUGAGCGGGGGUGCAGAGGCAGGCACGGUGCCCACGAGCCCUGGCAAAGUCCCCGAGGACUCAUUGGCCCGGCUGCUCCGGGUGCUGCAGGACCUCCGCGAGGCCCAUAGCUCCAGCCUGGCCGGCUCCCCACCCUCAGAGCCCAACUGCCUCCUGGAGCUGCAGACGUGAGGCCCGCCCUAC